AUGCCUCGAUCCAAUCACCCUAACAUGCGCGCACACACUGUCAAUACAAGACCGCCGCCCCGUCGCAACCGAACACAAAGGGCCUGGAACAACAGCACCCGACAGGAACUUGAAGAAAAGUCCAUACUAGAACGCGAUCUUAGAAUUGGACAACGGCUCGGACAAAUUGAUGCUCACCACGAACCUGGAGUCUGGCAAGAUAUCAACGACAAGCAGCCCCACCAUGCCAAUUUUGAACCUCCCAUCGGCAGUUACAUCAAUCACGAUUGGGAACAAGAUCUAGGUGAUCUUCCAAGUGCCGCCCACGCCAGCUAUCACCGAGCCCGUUGA